AUGUGUUUACGGUCAUACUAUGCAUGUUAUGCUCAUCUUGGAAAGCACCUAUCAGAUCAGGUUCCCGACGACAAAGCAACGCAUGUCAUUCCUGCUACCACUGGUGUUGCUGGUAAGCUAGCAUCAGAAAAGACACAAACACCGGUUUCAGGAGGGUCUGUAAGGAGGAAUAUAAAGGCAACCGUUCUUACAUUUCGCGUAAUUGUUGACCGUCCAAACAUGGCUCGUGUCCAGCUGCUGUUAUGCAACAUAUCAGAUCGUGCGCUUUACUUUAAAUUGAAGAGCAACGUUGGUAGCAAUGUUUCAGCGCUCCCUUCAGGCGACGGAGAAAUUCCUCCUCAUGCGCAAGUGCGUUUGGUCCUAACAUGGACCAGACCUAGCAACUAUCAACAUUGGAGAGAGGUACCGUCCCCGAAAUUACUGAUUACAACACGGUUCAUGGAUUCCAAAAGCGACUCUGAUGCAUCAACAACUUCUAUUCGCCUCAUUGCCCGUGUGAGUACCUCGAAAACGUGUCACGCUUCAAAUCCCCCUGUGGAGCAGCUACUCCUGGAUGCUGUUGGAAAAACCGAGAACAUGGAAGUGUCGUCAGUCAUGCAUGAUACGGUUCAUACACCGGAUAAGGGCCACGAAACUCGCCCUCACGAUGAAAGUCAGGCGGCUGCUACUAAUGUGGCUAGCAUGCUGAAUGGUCUUGAUGAUCGAGGGUUAUUCAUACUCGUCCUUAUUCUGCUAACCAUCAUGUAUACACAUCUCCAUGAGGAGCUUCCGCUUGAGAAGUCAGCCCUUGAAUUCAUGAUGUCGUCCUUUCCGGAAGUGAAGGAGAAGGAGGAGAUGAGGAAGAUUGUAGGCCGUUACGGGAUCACCGGCAGAGAGCAGGUCUGUCCGAUGAAACAACUGUCAGAUGGGCAGCGUUGUCGUGUCUCUUUUGCGUGGCUAGCUUGGCAACAACCUCAUCUUCUUCUUCUUGAUGAGCCGACGAAUCACCUUGAUAUGGAGUCAAUUGACGCUUUAGCUGAAGCCCUAAAUUGCUUUCCGGGAGGGAUGAUUCUAGUGUCCCAUGAUUUCCGACUUGUUAGCCAGGUAGCCGGAGAGGUAUGGGUUUGUGACAAUCAGACUAUUACGAAGUGGGACGGUGAUAUAUUCUCGUAUAAGGAUCACCUACGACAUCAAAUUGACCGCGAAUUCCGAGCUCGUGAGAAGGGUCUCACAAAGGAGCGCUAG